AACGUAAAAAGAUUCUAAAAAAAAACCGAUUUCAAUUUUCACAAUUCCUAUAUUUUUCUCAAAAUUUUCAGUCUUCUUAAAACACAAAAACAAAUUGCAAAUAAAUUAAAUAAUCAACUAAUAAACAAAAUGAGUUUUUCAAGCGACUCCGACACACAGCUGGAGCAUAUGUGUCGCUUGCAGUUCGACGGGCCGCCUAUAACACGACGUCUUACAGGUAUCAUUUGCACCGUUGGCGCUGUCUCGCGCAAUAAAACGAUGCUGAAGAACCUAGUUCGGGCUGGCAUGGAUAUAGUACGACUGAAUUUCUCACACGAAUCGCAUGAUCACCACAAAGCCACCAUCGAUAUGGUGCACGAAGCACUCAAUGAAUUCGCCGAGGAGGAUGGUUACCGCAAAUACAUUGCAAUCGCUGUGGACACGAAAGGUCCCGAAAUACGCACCGGCUCCUUUGAGGGUGUCUCUGAAGUGGAGCUGAAGAAGAACGAUAACAUACGCCUGUCUAUAAAUAGGGAUCUCAUGGAUAAGGGCAGCAAGGAGACAGUCUAUGUUGAUUAUCCGAAUAUUAUAAAUGUCAUGCAACCGGGUAAUAUAAUUUAUCUAUGCGAUGGUAAAAUAACGCUGCUGGUCAAAGAGGUAGCGGUGGAUUGUGUCAUCUGUCAGGUGGAAGUUGGCGGUAUAUUAGGCGCUGCAAAGGGUGUGUGGUUGAGCAACAUUAAUCUUGAUUUACCACCUGUGUCCGAGAAGGAUCGCUACGAUUUGCGCUUCGCUGUGGAAAACAAUGCCGACUUCAUAUUCGCGUCGAAGAUACGUCACCCCUCCGCUAUACGUGAGAUACGUGGCGUUAUGGGAGAACGUGGCAAGGAUAUACAAGUGAUAUGCAAAAUCGAUUGCACACAAAUCUUAAAUUAUCUCGAUCAAGUGAUCACUGCUUCCGAUGGCAUACUAAUCGAUCGCAGCAGUCUGGGCAUUGAUGUGCCAGCUGAGAAGCUCUUUCUGCUGCAGAAGGCAAUAGUGGCUCGUUGCAAUCGCGUCGGCAAGCCAGUGAUAGUUGGCACCCAGCUGCUGUCAUCAAUGAAUUACGAACCGCGUCCAACACGCUCCGAAGUCGCCGACUUAGGUAACACGGUAAUCGACGGUGUUGAUGGUGUCAUGAUUGCGAGUGAGAGUGCGAUUGGCAUGUAUCCGCUAGAGACGGUCACUUGUAUGGCUAAUAUCUGUGCCGAGGCCGAGGCUGUGAUUUGGCAUCGCCAUUUGCACAAAGAACUCAUGUUGAACAAUCCGGCAGCGAUCGAUGCGGCGCAUGCUAUAGCAUUGGCUGCGGUUGACUCGGCUCAAAAAUCCAUGGCCGCAUUAAUUAUAACACUCACGACGUCUGGUAAAUCGGCAUACUUGAUAAGCAUGUAUCGACCACAUUGCCCGAUUAUUGCGCUGACGCGUUGCAGCAAAACCGCCAGACAAUGCAAUCUACGACGCGCCGUCUACCCAGUUUUAUAUCUAGAAAAACCCGAAUCCGACUACCAAAAAGACGUGGAAUUACGUGUUCAGUAUGCGCUGGUCGCCGCUAGGAAGCUUAAACUCGUCGACAAAGGUGAUUCGGUGGUGAUCGUUUCGCCAUGGAAGGAGGGCACCGGUUUCACGAACAAUAUGCGUAUAGCUUAUGCUUUCUUUGAACCAGAGAAAAUUGAGUGUAUAUCGAAACGUAGUACUAUGAAGCAACAAGCCAAGGCGUCUGCAUUUUAAUUUGCGAAAUACAAAAAAAAUAUAAAUAUAGAUGUCUGUCUGUAAACAUUAUCUGUACAAAAUCAAGUUUCUAAUAAAGUAAUAUCGUUUUCCAAUA